AUUUGUUAUUUCAGCGCUGGAAGUUAUGAAGAUUGGAGACCGGAUGCUAAAAAGUUUCACAAAAAAGACUUGGGCGCUCCUCUUGAGGGUUGGCAGGGUGAAUCAUGGCUCAACGUGAGAUCGGCAAAUGUUCAUAACAUCAUGAAAGCUCGCUUGGAUUUAGCUGUAAAGAAAGGAUGCAACGCUGUUGAUCCGGAUAAUGUUGAUGGAUACAACAAUAACAAUGGCUUAAAUCUCACAAAGAAGGAUGCGAUAAAUUAUGUGAACUUCCUUGCAAAAGAAGCACAUAAACGAAAAUUAGCCAUCGGACUGAAGAAUGCAGGCGAGAUUGUUGCAAAGAUGGUUGAUGUAAUGGACUUCAGUGUGAACGAACAAUGCGAACAGUACAACGAAUGCAAGACCUUUAGCCCUUUCAUCAAAAAGAACAAGCCCGUUUUCCAUGUC